AUGGGCUACUUCCUCCGAACGCUGCAGCUGCUCUCCACCUGCGUGGCCAUCUCACUAGUGGGCAGCCUGGACAGCUGGACGGUGCCCACAAGUAACUGGUCCUUUGUUAUCUUGUGCUUCUGCUUUGUGGUGACCUUCAUCAUCCUCAUAAUCGAAUCACUGGCACUUCAGUACCACUUCUCCUUCUCUUGGGGGGAUUUUCUCCUCUGCCAUGCCUGCUACCUCGCCCUCUUCUGCCUCUUGGUCUCCGUCAUUUACCCCACUACCUAUGUUCAGUUUCUGUUUUACACCCCCUCCCGGGACCACGCCAUCGCUGCUACUGCGUUCUGCUUCAUUUCUGCUGUGUCUUAUGCCACCGAAGCAAUCUGGAUCUUGCGCUGGCCUCAGACAGGUGAUUUCACUGGCUAUAUAGGCAGCUUGCCAUUCCUCCUCAAGAUGCUAGAGACACUGGUGGCCUGUGUCAUCUUACCCUUCAUCAGCAAUCCCUACCUGUACAUGGACCAUCCAUUGCUGGUGUCGUGCGUGGCUGUGUACUCCAUCUGCUUCAUCCUGGGGAUUGUGACCAUCCUGUUGAACCUGGCUAACUAUGAGCACCGGCUGCCCAUCUCCUCCGCCAUGUUCCAUCUGAUACUGAGCCAGCUGUCUGUCCUUCUCUACAUUGGGGCUCUGGUCCUCUGGGCGCUCUACCAAUUUGACAAAAAGUUUGGCGGGCAGCCCGAGAGGUCCAGGGAUGUGAGCUGUCAACAAAGACUUACCAACUAUGUUUGCACCUGGGACCAGCGACUGGCUGUGGCCAUCCUGACAGCCAUCAACCUGCUGAUUUACGUGGCCGACCUGGUGUACUGGGCUCGCCAGGCUUCUGUAGGGACUGAGGACCAGCCUGGGGACUCCUGA